AUCAUUGUUCAAUUUCGAAAUGAAUUGGUCUUGGAAAGAUAAUUCAGGUGUGUACUUGUGACUAGCUGACACAGACAUUUUACAAUCAGAUCUGUGAUGCUAUUUAAUAACCUCGGGCAGCAGCGAGAGCGGCCAUGUGAGUGUCGUUGUCGACUUUUGAUGUGAAUCGGUUGUGUUGUUGAAAUGGUCGUUUCUCAUAAUUCUAAGCCACACGAAGUGAACUUUAUUGAUCAUUACUUUCUUUUGCAAUCCAAAAGAUUUGAGUUUUUAGAACCGGCCGAUCUGGCCAAGAAGAGUUUCGUCUUGGAGCAGAAUGUCACAGCACCAGACCACCAGCACCAGACCAGAUAAGCACCAAAACCAGAUUCGUGUCGUGACGUGACAUUUAUUAAUCAUCACUUCUGCGUUUGCUUGCUUUUGCUUGAUAUAAGUUUUUGGAUCUUGCGAUUCAACUUCAUCAAGUUCGACAGCAAAUUUCGUCAAUACCACAGCAGGAAAAUGGCAACUUUCUUAUCUAGGGCUGCAUGUGGCAAGGCAAACAAAUACUUGGGCAAUAGAUUGGAAAAUGAAAAUGCAUUUAGCGAAAGGAAACGAGCGGUUUCCUGGAAACCAGGUUGAAUCCCACAAUUCUGUAGGAAACUGAUUUCCUCUGUAUGGCGCUGACUGAUAAAAUGAAUUUGAACCAUUUCUUCGAUCAAAUCACUAUCGAAUGUGAAGGGGACAACCCACAACAUUUCGGUAAUGCUCACAUUUGUCUUCACAACAGCGUCGAUUUCAGUCAUGGAAACUGCGAAUACUCCAGUAUUCCAGAUUGUUCUGGUUCUUUUGAGCGUUGUGUCUCAAUUUGCAAACGGGCAAAAUUGGAACACUGGAGACAGGGAAAUCAAAUGGCGAAUGAACUGCGACUUUCCUGGUCACGACAUUGGCCGCAUAGCCAGUCCAGGAGAAAACUGUGGCAGUCUCUGUAUCGCCAGCCCUAAAUGUACUCACUUUCGUUUCUCUCCCGAUGGAUUUUGUUUCCUGAAAGAUAUUACCACGAUAGACUUUCCAGUAACGAAUACCAGAGAGGGAUCGUGCGGAUUUAUACCCUGGAAAUUCGAAUCGGGGAGAGACCAUUGGAACAGCGAUAAAAGUGGCAUCAGAUGGCUUGCCAAUUGCGAUUUCUGGGGUCACGACAUUGAACGAAGUAAAAGUACCGGAGAAAAGUGUGGCGGCGUCUGCCUGGCUAAUCCCAAAUGCAACCACUUUCGUUUUGACGGCCAAUUUUGUUACAUAAAAAAUGCCCCGCUAUCGACAUCCCGUAUGGCCGUCAACGGCGGAGCGUGUGGAUUUAUCUCGUGGCGAGAUUUCAACAGCAACCAACCCGCAGCAGUCAACUCUUGCCCGAAUGUCGGCGGUUUGUCGGCUAGUUGCCGACCCAAUGUAGAUUGCUCCCUGUGGUACGACGUCGUACUGAAAACUCCAGGAACUUCCUGCAAAUUGGCUAAUAAUGGCCAAGGAACCUGUUGUCCCGAUCUACCCAAUAACAGGCGCACUAGAGGAGUUUUUAUGCAGUCCAUGGCCGUACCUUCUUUGAACAAAGAAUUGAUAUCCAAAAUUAAAUCUCAACUCAAGUCGGCCCUCGAGACGAGUAAAUUGCAAUUCCAGACAAUGCGCGACACGGAAGUCCGUCUAGUAGACAACAACAUCGUCGUCCGUCCCGGCUCUUCUUCUGCCCUGUUCUCACUCGUCUCCCACACGACUCCCGAGACACAGAAAAUCAAUUUCGGGGCUCUGCAGGAAACUUUUAUAGCCGACGAUAUCGUCAAAAGAUUUGGAGUUAAGCCGAAAGAUGUGGCCUCUGUUUUAAGCCAGAUCAGCGUUCAGUGUCCACCUCCACCCGUCUGUAAGGCAGUGACUUCACCUUAUCGAACACCGGAUGGAUCGUGUAACAAUAUUAAGCAAUCGACCUGGGGCCAAUCACGCACCCAACUCCAACGCAUUCUCUCCCCAGAUUAUGCCAAUGGCAUCCGACUUCCGCGACGGGCCAAGAACGGAGGAGAACUGCCCAGUCCUCGUUUGGUAUCCGCAACCGUGGUAAGGGACAACCUCAAUCACCCGCAAUCCAACAGCUACUGGGUCACGCAAUUCGGCCAAUUUACGGAUCACGACAUAACUCAAACUGUUGCAUCUAAAAUGGAUGAUUUAAAGGACAUCGAAUGCUGUGCGCCCGACGGUCAAUUCCUUGACAGUAGGAACGUCCAUCCGGAAUGCCUACCCAUCGACAUCCCGUCAAACGAUCCGUUUUUCUCCAGAUUCGGUCGCCGUUGCAUGACGUUUGUCCGCUCAGCUCCGGCACGAAGAGCCGAUUGCAAAUUGGGUUACGUCGAACAGAUGAACGACAACACCCAUUUUUUAGACGCCUCGCAAGUUUACGGUUCGGACGAGAAAAAAGCCAAAGAUUUGCGGUCGACUGUCAAUCAGGGCCACUUGAGGGUGACCCACUUUUGGAAAUUCCCUACCGGCCAUCACCAGUUUGACUUGCUUCCGGCUGACGAUGAAUUUACUGCUCCUUGUACGUUGUCCAAAACCCUGUCCGGAAUCGAUCCGCCAUCACACGUCAAGUGUUUUGACGCUGGCGAUCCACGAGCGAGCGAAAUUCCCGAAUUGGCCGUCACUCAAACGAUCCUAAUGCGUCAGCACAACAAACUUGUGGGCGAGCUGGCUGCUCAGAAUCCGCACAGGGAUGGUGAGCAUCUCUAUCAAGAGGCUAGACGCAUUCUAAUUGCUCAAAUGCAGCACAUUACCUACAACGAGUGGCUGCCCAUCAUCCUUGGCCGAGCUAAAAUGGUGGAACUCGGUCUGUUGACGCUCAAGGAAGGAUUCAGCAACGAUUACGAUCCUAAUGUGAAUCCUUCCAUUGUGAAUGAAUUUGCAACUGUUGCUUUUCGUUUCGGCCAUUCUCUGGUCCAAGGCAAACACGAAUUGUACAAUCACAAUAGGAAACUCACCGACUCGAUAAAUUUACGCAAUCACUUUUUCAAAACGCAAAUGGUGUACACGCCCGGCAAUGUCGACAAGUUCCUCAUCGGAUUAGCGACUCAACCCAAUCAAAGUGUUGACAAUAUCGUCACCGAGGAGCUGACCAAUCACUUGUUCGAAGAGGAAGGCAAAGGUUUCGGACUUGAUUUAGUUUCUCUCAACAUUCAACGAGGCCGUGAUCACGGUAUACCUGGCUACAAUGAAUAUCGCGUUCUCUGUGGCCUUCCGCGAGCGAAAAACUUUGACGACCUUAAAGAUCACAUUCCUCAAGGGAUUGUUGACCAAUUCAAGUCCGUGUACGCCUCUGUGGACGAUAUCGACUUUUACAUCGCAGGUAUUUCGGAACGCCCGGCAGCUGGGGCGUUGGUAGGCCCCACUUUCCAGUGUAUCAUCGCCGACCAGUUUUUAAAACUGAAACAGGGCGAUCGUUUCUUUUACGAUCUUGGCGGGCAGUCUGGCUCGUUCACCGAAAGUCAGUUGCAGGAAAUUCGUAAAAUCAGUUGGGCCCGUAUCAUCUGUGACAACAGCAACAUUCAAACUGUUCAGCCGUUACUAUUCAAAUCUGUAUCUGGAUUGAACCCUAUCGUGAAUUGUGAUUCGACCUCCAUUCCUCGGAUGGAUCUUGGUCCAUGGGCGUCGAGAACGCCCGACGAAGUUUGGCAUGUCGGCGAAGGUGGUGUCCAGUGGCACUUGGGCUGUGAUUUCACUGGUCACGAUGUAUCCAAUCAGGUUACAGCUGGGGAGAAUUGUGGCAGACUUUGCAUCAGCGAAAGUAGAUGUAAUGCGUUUAGUUUUCAUCAGGGCAAAUGUUUUUUGAAAAACAUACCGACAUCAUUGAGACGGAGUCCGGCGGUCGGAGGGACCUGCGGUUUCCUUCCGUGGAAAUUUUAAACCUUUGGUCUUUCUACCGUAUAUUAUUACUAUGGCGAUACAAUAAAUAGUGUUACCAAAGAAA